UUGCUUUGUGCUGUAACUGGCAUAAAGUUCAGUGCAGGUAUUGCUUAACAAGCGCGUUCUGAAGUGAAAGAAGAUAGGUAAAUUCUAAAGGACAUUCUAGACACUGCCUUUCAGCCCCAUUUUCCAGGACCAGAAGAAAUCACAGUGGAGUCCUGGGGGAAAAGAAGAGGCUCUUGGGCAAAUGCGGUACCUAUGUGGUCCAGGCCACGAGGGGACUUGAGACUUCGCCUGCGGUGGAGCAGUAAAGAAUAGGCAUUUCCUGGAUGUCCUCAGAACACAGCUGCCGUGGCUGGAGCUCAACAGAUUGUGCAAAUCAGGACAUAAACCUCUGGGUGGAACGUCAAAUCAACUGUUGUGUCGAUUCAGGUUUUGUUUCUACUUGUGUCCAUCUUGGAAGAAUACAUUUUUUCCUAAGAAACAUUUUGCCAAAUAUUUCAAAUUUGUUCAUUCUGCAAGACCAUGGAAGAUCUAGAGGAGACAUUAUUUGAAGACUUUGAGAACUACUCCUAUGCCCUGGAAUAUUACUCCCCAGAGACUGAUUCAGAGGAGAAAGCACACCUGGGAGCCAUUCACUGGGUCUCCUUGGUGUUGUGCUGUUUGGCAUUUGUCCUGGGCAUUCCAGGAAAUGCCACUGUCAUUUGGUUCACGGGAUUCAAGUGGAAGAAGACAGUCACCACUCUGUGGUUCCUCAAUCUAGCCAUCGCAGAUUUCAUUUUUCUUCUCUUCUUACCUCUGUACAUCUCAUAUGUGGCCAUGAAUUUUCACUGGCCCUUUGGCAUCUGGCUGUGCAAGGCCAAUUCCUUCAUUGCCCAGUUGAACAUGUUUGCCAGUGUCUUCUUCCUGAUGGUAAUAAGCCUGGACCGCUAUAUCUACUUGAUCCGCCCUGUCUUAUCUCAUCGGUACCGUACCCUCAGGAACUCUCUGAUUGUUAUUAUAGUUGUUUGGCUUUUGGCUUCACUAAUGGGUGGGCCAGCUCUGUACUUCCGGGACACUCUGGAGUUGAAUAACCACACUCUUUGCUAUAACAACUUCCAUGAGCAUGAUGUGGACCUCAGAUUGAUGAGGCAUCAUGUUCUGACCUGGGUGAAAGUUAUUGUUGGGUACCUCCUCCCUCUGCUAACAAUGAGCAUUUGCUACUUGUGCCUCAUCUUCAAGGUGAAGAAGCGAAGCAUCCUGAUCUACAGUAAGCACUUCUGGACCAUCCUGGCUGUGGUCAUGGCCUUUCUGAUUUGCUGGACUCCUUAUCACCUGUUUAGCAUUUGGGAACUCACGAUUCACCACAAUAGCUAUUUCCACCAAGUGCUACAGGCUGGCAUCCCCCUCUCCACUGGCCUGGCGUUCCUCAAUAGUUGCUUGAACCCCAUCCUUUACGUCCUGAUUAGUAAGAAGUUCCAAGCGCGCUUCCGGGCCUCAGUGGCUGAGAUACUAAAAUACACUCUGUGGGAGGUGAGCUGUUCAGGCACCCUGAGUGACCAGCUGAGGAACUCUGAAACCAAGAAUCCGAGUCUCCUAGAAACAGCCCAGUAAAUUCUUGCCCUCCCACCCAUCAGCACACGACUUUUGUGUGGUUCCCCUGACAUGCUUUCAGAUUAUUUGGUUCCAAGACAUAGAGCUCAUUGUAUCUUUUUAUUUUUUUGGUAAUUUUAUUGGCAUCCUAUUUUUCUUUAGAUAUAAAACAUAAGAAGGAUCUUCAUUUUUCUUUUCAGCAACUUAAAUUAUCUUAUUCUUGCUAAUUAUACCAUAGUGGAUUAACCAGCACAACUUUUCUAAUUUUAAUGACUUCUUGAAACUUCUAAAUUUUACUAUUAAAUGUAUGAUUGAUUUCAAAAAUAUAAAAAUAGGUGUGUUUAAGCUCACUUUAAUUCUGUAUAAGUAACCUAUUAGACUUACUCUUAAAAUGUAACAUAUGUACUUAAUUUCUUUAUUUCAUGCAAUCUGUAUAUGUGCCUUUAUGAAUUAAAGUGAUAGUUGAUUAUAA